CAGCCUCCUCUUUUCCGACUGUCACAUCUAUUUUCCAGCUCUGACGAGUCCCGGUCGGCUCCUCCGGGGGAGACCAUCCCCCACCCCCCUACCCCCUCCACCUGCCACGGCUCCACCAGCCCUUCCAGGAGGAAAGCCAUCCUUGCUGCCGCUGACCGGGUUUGUGCCUCGGGCCUCCUCUCUCUGCUUGCAGACCUCUCCCCACUCCCAGCGCCCCCCAUGCCGAGGUCCGCCUUGUCAAUCAUCUCCUUUUGUCAUCGGCUCGGCAAACAGGAGAGAAAACGGAGCUUCAUGGGAAGCAGUCGCAACAGUUGGUCCCACACGCCAUUCCCCAAGUUGGAGCUGGGCCUGGGGUCCCGGCCCGCAGCGCCCCGGGAGCUGCCCGCCUGCUCCAUCUGCCUGGAGAGGCUGCGGGAGCCCAUCUCGCUGGACUGCGGCCAUGACUUCUGCACCCGCUGCUUCAGCACACACCGCGUCCCCGGCUGCGAGCCGCCCUGCUGCCCCGAGUGCCGGAAGAUCUGCAAGCAGAAGAGGGGCCUCCGCAGUCUGGGGGAGAAGAUGAAGCUCCUGCCGCAGAGGCCCCUGCCCGCCGUGCUGCAGGAGACCUGUGCCGUGAGGGCCGAGCCCCUGCUGCUGGUACGCAUCAAUGCCUCUGGCGGCCUCAUCCUGAGGAUGGGGGCCAUCAACCGCUGCCUGAAGCACCCCCUGGCCAGGGACACCCCCGUGGCCGUGUUCCUGGUGGACACAGGGGACGCCAUGAGCCCCGAGCUGAGCAGAGAAACCAGGACCAAGCUCUGCGCCCUGACCACGAUGCUGAGCUCCUACCAGAUCCUCAACACCUCCCCGGAGCUGAAGGAUACAGACCUGGAAUACCUGGAGAUGUUUGUCCACGUGGCCGAGGUGAUGGGCAGGCAUUAUGGGAUGGUGCCAAUCCAGCACCUAGAUCUCUUAGUUCAUGACUCAUCCCACUCCAGCAAGGCAGGACUGGGCCGCAUGGGUGACAUCAUCCAGAAAUCCUCCGGCAAAUACCCCAAGGUUCAGGAGCUGCUCCAAGGGAGGCGGGCGCGCUGUUACCUCCUGCCCGCUCCGGGGCGGCGGUGGGCAAGCAAAGGCCACGGAAGCCCCGGCGACACAGAUGACGAUUUCGGCCACCUUUGUGCCUACGUGGCCGAUGUGCUGAGCGCCGCCCCCCAGCACGCCAAGAGCCGCUGCCAGGGGUACUGGAGCGAGGGCCGCCCCGUGGCCAGGGGGGACAGACGCCUGCUCACGGGGCAGCAGCUAGCUCAGGAAAUCAAGAACCUCUCGGGCUGGAUGGGGAGGACGGGGCCCGGGUUCGCCUCCGCGGAUGAGAUGGCCGCGCAGCUGCACGACCUCAGGACGGUGGACGCCGCCAAGAAGGAGUUCGAGGAGUACGUGCGGCAGCAGGACGUGGCCACCAAGCGCAUCUUCUCGGCGCUGCGGGUGCUGCCCGACACCAUGCGCAACCUCCUGGCUAGCCAGAAGGAUGCCAUCCUGGCCCGCCACGGGGCCGCCCUACUGUGCAAGGGCCGAGAGCAGACCCUGGAGGCCCUGGAGGCCGAGCUGCAGGCUGAGGCCAAGGUCUUCAUGGACUCCUACACCAUGCGCUUCUGUGGCCACCUGGCCGCCGUGGGGGGCGCCGUCGGGGCCGGGCUCAUGGGCCUGGCAGGCGGCGUGGUGGGUGCGGGCAUGGCAGCGGCCGCGCUGGCUGCAGAGGCCGGGAUGGUGGCGGCUGGAGCUGCCGUGGGGGCCACGGGGGCUGCCGUGGUCGGGGGCGGCGUGGGCGCUGGCUUGGCUGCCACUGUGGGCUGCAUGGAGAAGGAGGAGGACGACAGGGUGCAGGAAGGGGACCGGGAGCCCCUGCUGCAGGAAGAGUGAAGGCGCCCAGGAGACCCAAGGGAGGAAGUGAUGCUAGGUGGGAGGGAAGGAGGUGAGGGAGGGGAGGGGUUGGGGGUGGUGCCGCACUGCCCCCGUGGAAUGCCCAGCGUCUGGGUGGCUGGCUGAGCUGGACCGUCGAGGUGGUUCCAGGAUCCUGGAGAGGCCGCCUGGGGUCAGGAGGCCGUGUCUGGGGGCAGCAAAUAGAGCAUAGGGCCUGUUUCUGGUGGCAGACCAUUGCUAACCUGCCGUGGUUCCCAGGUCCACUUGACCCCAGUGUCUCCCACCAAGAGUGAGGCUCCACCCUCCCCACCCUGGCUUGUUUCCCUGAUGACCCCAGAUUGUAGGAAGGCUGAGCAGGUGCCAUUCUGGAAGUCUCCCUUGGGUAGAGAGGAUCUAUACCUUCACAGAUGGGAGAAGGCCCAGGUUGAGUGACCUUGGUGCUCAGGAUCGGGGAGCACAAAGGAGGGGUGGGGGGGAGAGAAAGAAGGAGGGGGCCACCGGGCAAAACCAAAGGGUCCAGGUAUGGCGCACAGUGGCCUAGACCCCGGAGUGGAGCCAUUUGCCAUGUCGACUCUUCCCCAAGCUGCCCUAGGAGGUUAAGGGUGGCCUCCGCCACCCACUGCAGCCCCAGGGAGGCCACGUGCGCACUUUGAAUGGGAGUCUCCGCAGCUGUUCCCUCAUGGUUGUGCCCUUUGUCGAGCCUGCUCAGACAGCAGAGUGCCCAGGUUCUUUCUGGAAUGCUGUCCCAGCAAUAGGUUAGAUGCCAAAGAAAAAUGCCAGUAAUUGCAUUCUGAGCUAAACCAGGCAGUGCCCCUAAGUCUAGGGAAGUCCUGCAGGGGACAGCAAAGGGACCACUUUCCACCCCGGCCACCAGCACGCCCUCUUUCCCGAACCCGUGUCUGCGGGAGAGCUGGGUGCAGCCCCCCAUGGGAACCCAGAGGGCCCAGCACCCUUCCACAGGACAGGGAAGUCCUGCUGGAAAACUUCUAGGCUAUUACCGUGUAAAGUAUUCGUGGGCGCAUUAUAUGAAAAAUAAAAUAU